AUGCUCCAGCUACUCUGUCAUAAAUCUCGCGAAAAUCUUGCGGAUCAUCUGGAUUGCGAGCUGGGAUCUAGAGUUGAGCGUACAGCUGAUGGGCGACGUCUUGUAAAAAUCACACAACGCAACAGGCGCUCAUCGAGCGUCGAGCGCAUGGCGACCGAUUGUCUCAUGGUGGGAGCACCUCUAGUCGGGAAACACAUCGACACACAGCUGCGAAUAGUGCGAGACUGUUGCGUAGGGGAUGAUGGUGGUACGGUAGCGGAGACCGGUUCGGAACGGAAUGGUUACGGUAAUGUUUGA